GUCUCGGCUUAGCAUGAGCCGCAUACCAGAGGACAGCCUGGUGCCGCCUUCGAGCCUGGAGGCUGUUGCCAGCGAACGCAGCGACUUCACGAGGCAAGCGUCUGGCGCCGUGUCAGCGAUUCCUGGCGGGCCGUCUUUCCGGAACAGUGUCACCUUGCGCCGUACGAGUUCCAACAACAUUGAACGUACAGCUUCGCAAGAAGUCGGCUUCUGUCCAGACGCUGAUACGGCUUCGGUCGUGAACCCCCCGGGCAUGCCAAGUGUCUUCUCCACGGCAGGUGCAGAGAGCCAAGCUGCAGCGGUAGCAGGCGCACCUGCAGCAGGCAGUGGCCUCGGAGGCAGUCCCUGGCCGAAGCGCUUGCCGCUGGUGCUGGUGGAUGAUGCCCAAACCAAGCUGAGCUUCGUGCAGGCUUACCGGCAUUUCGGCAGGAUACUCGUUGGUAGCCAUGAGUUUGCCGGUGUAGACGGGAUGCCUCAGCCUGACCCAUGGGUCAGCGUUAUGGCGGUCCAAGCCCCGAAGCACCCGGACUAUGCUCCAUUGAGACAGGCACGGGUCAGCUGCCAACACGUCGCAAUGUGCGCUGGUGUGCACUCCCUGGGCGCAGUAAUCAACAUGAUGCUUCAAGCCAAACAGGCAUUGAGCAGCCCAUCGGCCUCGUCGGCCUCAGCACGGGUCACACGGGACGCUCCGUCGAAGCCAGCUCGUCUGGAGGCACAGCUGUGCAUCUCAUCGGUCCAGCUCAAGGUUGUCAUGGAGGAGAAGCCGCGGCGCUUGCACCCUAGGCCGGGCCCGCUGAAACCCGGCCUUACGGAGCUGACGGCAGUCCACCUUCACGAGAUUUCAGCUGUCGUCAAACCAGCGAGCGAUCCGCUGCCCGUCGCUCACGGUGGCCUGACCGUUGACGUCGGCAUCAGUGAUGUGCAGGUGCAGGACCUCCAAGGCUGCAUCGAGCACCGCAACGUGCUGGCCGCCAAUGGCCUUGCCUCUGAGCCGGGCGGCGACGGCAAGGGAUCGCCCAAUCCAUCGCAAAGUGGCGAGUCGUUGCCCAACCAGGACCCUUCCCGGUCUUGCCGAGUUGAGGUGUUCUGCGGCAUUUCGUCCACGCCUGCUGUCCCGACACGGUUGGUCGUGGGUGUGCACGACCCGCGUCUCACAUGGCUUCGCCGUUACAGCAACAACUUGUCGUACGCCGUGGGCGCGGUACUUAAGGCCUACCGCAGCGCCGUGGAACGCCAAGGCAAGAGUUCCUCG